GAGCUCGGCUCGGGAUGGCUCGCUCGACCUCGGCUCCGCUCAUCUCCUCCCUCUCAGGUCUCACAGUCACAGGCGGUUAGGAAUCAGCCCCCUCAGGUUCAUCUCCUCCCUCGUCUUGACCAAAAAAAAAAGUCUCCUCCCUCCUCUCGGACUCUCCUUGAUCCUCCUUCCCUGGCGGCAGAAGACUGAGCGAGCGGCGGCGCCAUUUGUCACGUCUUCACCCAGCCCAUUGCCGGCGCCGUGCGUCCACCAGAUGUUUGACGAUCAAGACUUGGGCUUCUUCACCAACUUCGUGGGAGUCUUCAUAUUUGUUUUGGUCACAGCAUAUCACUACGUGAUGGCAGAUCCAAAGUUCGAAGGGAACUAAUGUGCUUGAGGAGAAUAAGGCAUGCCAUAACUGUAUCCUAGUAGCAGGCAGAAAACACAUCAGAUUAUGCCGAUCGGAAGUUGGAAGAAAUCUGAUCGGAAGUUGGAAGAAAUCUGGGUAGAUGAUGAUGUGAACUGGUUGUACUGCGAGUCCAUGACGGACAAUGCUACUUGCUUGUACCGUUUUUGACUGCCAUAAUAUGUACUGUAGCUGAGGGUAAAAUAAUUCCAUGACAUUCAGAAGUGAUUCUGGAAUAAUAGUCGUUUUGACGGAUGCUCAAUAGCGUCGUAGCUAUGCGCAACUCAACUAGCACAUGGAAUUAUGUCAUCCUUAACUGUCA